UUACAAAAGUAGUCGCUACUGUUCACAAGUCGGACAGUUCUGUUAGUAUCUUCGCGAUAAACAGUAAACCCAAUAUUCAUAAUGAUCAAAAUAAUCGUUCUUUGUGCUAUUCUUCUGCUGGUUGACGUCAAAGCGUCAUCCAUUGCCAAGCGUGACGUACAAAUGGCCCAGCCACUCCAGCAAGGCCAGAACUUCGCUAUGGAUGUGCAGAAGAACGUGGACCAGUUCCGGAAUUGCGUAGACCAAGGUCUGGCCAACAUGGUGGGGCAGAUCAACGAGAAGCAACUGCAGCCGCUCUUCUCUGCGGUUGGGGAUACGAUUAACAGGUUUACAAAAGCAUUCGACGAUUUAACUGCGACGACCAAGCCUGCGACUCAAAAGUAAACAAGAAUCAAUUACCCAUUUUACUUAUCUAACUACGUUGUUAAUUAUGUUGAAAUAAAAUAUGUUG